UCUUCAUCGCCUCUCAUCCUUUCCAGCGCAGAGUUCCAACUCCCAAUCAGCCUUCAUCACCUAAUUACAGCUUCGGCAACGUCUAUUUCUUCUGCGUCCAGAGUACCCACAGUCUAUUACUACCUGACGAACAUGGCUCCCUGUGUUUGCUGUCUUCCAAGAAGACCUUGUCGCGAUCAUGCUCAGCAAAUCGAGCUCCAUGCCCGUCCCACCCAGGCAAGCAAUCGGAACCAACCCACCAGGGCGCCUGUUCCUGCUAGGCAACAGCAGCCCGCAAUGCCAAGGAUAAGCCACAAGAAGUUUGAUCACUACGAAAUAGCGGCUGUGACCCGGUUGAUAGAUUUUGUUGUCAACUAUAAAAACGGAAUUCGAUACGCCUUUAUUGGUGGUAUCGCUAUGCACAUGCUGGGUUCCAAUCGCGCCACGGCAGACAUCGACAUCAUGGUGCCUAAUGGUCAGGCCGCCACGGUUGCUGAGCAACUGAACCAAUACAACCCAAGGGCCUUCCGCAUCGAAAAAAAACCAAGAGGAGGGUAUAGGGUCGCCUACAUCGGGGAGGAGGGUGAGCAGAACGCUCACAACGUGGACAUCCUGGAGCCCUGCCAGAUCGAGGGCAUCGGCGACAUCUUGAAGGACGACAGUCGAUUGCAGAGAAUCGAGAAGGACUACUCAGCCACGAUUUUCAUCCCGGAGGUGCUCUUGGAACUGAAACGCAUAUCGUGGAGAGGGCGUGGGAAAGACGAGAAAAAACUCAACGAUAAGCAGGACAUGGAGUUCCUUCAAGCUUGCAUCGCGAAGAAGGAGCAGGAGAAGGGGAAGAAUGCGGGUCGCCGUUGAUCAGGUAGCUACGUCCCGACGGCUGGUUCAUCUGCGAACACAAGGAGCGGAGCGCAAUUACUCAUGGGCGGCUCCGUCGUCGGGGACGAGGAGGAGGCAGUCGUAGCAGGCCUGCGAGCAACGAUAACGUCCGACUUUCCUGUUGAGAGUCGGCUCGCGUGGAGGAUCAGAAGGGGAAGGGAGGGAAGCUGGAGCAAGAACAGCACUGGUCGCCGGAUCGACCUGGUCGUCACAAGUUGACAGACAGACACUCGUUUGUGCAUUUAUCGGAUCAUCAGCAAUCAGAUAGCAAUCGAGUUCGCGGAACGCUAGCCGUUUCGCCUUUGACCAUGUCA